UAGAUGAGAUAGGUAGAAGAACUCCAUUAGAGGUUUAGCAAUUAGCAACCAUGGAGAUUCAGCAAUUUCCACCAUUUACUAUCACACCUCGCCAUUUCCACCCAAUUCCAAACUCUACCCACCACCCAGUUCUUGUUUCCCCACUGAAACAGCAAAGAAAUUUGCUAAAACUAAGCCCUCUUUUUUGUUCUUCUUCUUCUCAUAGUCAUCCUGUUGUGCAAGACCCAAUUUUGCAACAAGGGAAUGAACCUUUUGGGAAAAGUAGAGAUACCCAUUACAAGAAUUCAAGAAAAAAGAGGGUUUUUUUCUUGGAUGUUAAUCCUAUUUGUUACAAAGGAAGCAUUCCUUCUUUGCAAUCUUUUGCUCAUUGGAUUUCCCUUUUCUUCUCUCAAGUUAGCCUCACUGAUCCUGUUAUUGCUGUUAUUGAUGGAGAAAGAGGUAAUGAGUAUAGACGACAGUUGUUACCUUCCUAUAAAGCAAGUAGGAGGAAAUACUGGCAUCAGUUGCAAGGUGCAGUAAAAUCUCCAAGGAGUACGAUUGAAAGGUCACAUAGGCUCAUCUUGGAUGUCCUUCAGAACUGCAAUGUUCCUGUAGUUAAGAUUGAAUCACAUGAAGCCGAUGAUGUCAUAGCCACACUUGUAGAACAGGUUAUACAAAGGGGGCACCGAGUUGUCGUUGCCUCUCCUGACAAAGACUUCAAACAGCUGAUAUCUGAUGAUGUUCAAAUUGUCAUGCCAGUACCAGAGUUCAAUAGAUGGUCCUUUUACACCCUAAAACACUAUGUGGCACAGUACAAUUGUGAUCCAAGGUCUGAUUUGAGCCUGAGGUGCAUACUGGGUGAUGAGGUUGAUGGUGUUCCUGGAAUCCAGCAUGUUGUUCCUGGUUUUGGUCGAAAGACUGCUUUGAAGCUUUUGAAAAAGCACGGCACACUGGAGAAUUUACUUAAUGCUGCUUCAGUAAGAUCAGUAGGGAGGCAGUAUGCACAAGAUGCCCUUAUCAAGUAUGCUGAUUAUCUGCGCAGAAAUUAUGAAGUUCUCUCUCUGAAGAGGGAUGUCAGUAUCCAUAUUGAGGAGCAAUGGCUUAAUGAGAGGGAUGCGCGUAAUGACUCACUUGUUUUAUCCAACUUCCUCACUUCGCUGAAAGACAGUAGGAAUCUUAAUUCGCAAAAUAGAUCUCAUUCCAUUGGUUGAAAUUGCCUGAAGAAAGCAUUUUUACGUAAGUUAUAAUGUAAGCUCUACAACCUGAAGAACGAUGAUCUUGAUGCUUCAGCAGAAGUAUCAAACUAAACCAAUAGACGAUUGCCGAAUUUUGCCAGAAGAUUUGACCAGAUGAACUGGACUGAAUUGGAAUAUCGGAAUUCACAAUAGAAGCAUACAGUAGAAAACUUAGCUAUCAAUCCUCUUGGACGAAUCACUAAAGAAGAGACUUCUGAGGUGUAAAAUGUACAGUAAGUUUGAGUUUCUUUUAGUAGUGCCUCUAGAAUAGAUUCGUGGUACUAUUGUGUGCUCCACAAACAACACGUGAGGUCGGCUGUAGCUUGAAAACUAUUAGGUAGCUGUGUCCAGGUAUCUUCAGUGCUCAUCUGUUGUGAUGAAAGAACAUUGCAAAGACCCAUCUUGUAUCCAUAUUUUAAUUCAAUAUAAAUCCUAUUUGGACCCUCAAUUCGUUUCCAUUCCCCCCUGUUUUCACCUAAUCUAAGUCGAAUAUACGAAGACCACAGUAAACAUUUGACUUUUUGA